AUGAAGAAAUUAAUUGAUGAACUGUAUCAUAAUGCUAUUCUUAAACAAGCAAAAAAUGAAAAUAUAACAAUGAAAUAUGUUUUGAAGGGAGCUGGAGGUGUUGGAAAAACAACAACAUUGUAUACCACUGCCUGUGCUGCUCGUGCUGCUGGAUGUCUAGUUAUGUACAUAAAUGCUAAAUAUUUCACUGAUAGUACAGAUUGGAUCAAUGUUAAGGUUAAUCUGUUUGUGCAGCGAUGGCUUGAAUAUACUGAAAACAUUGAUCUAUUAAAGAAGAUUCCAUCAUAUUUGCCAGGUUUCAUUUCAUUGUAUGAUGUUGCAUUGAAAACAGCUAAUGAUAAUACUGGUAAGGCAAUUCAGGCCUUUUCUGCAUUAAUUACAGAUCUUCGUUGUGUUAAACAUAUCCCUGUCAUUAUAUGUAUAGACCAAUAUAAUUCAUUUUUGGUAAAACAUAAAUUAAUCUUGGAAGAAGAUAAACCACCACAGAUUGUACAACAUGAAUAUAAUUCUAUUGCCAAUAUAUUUUCUGAUUGGAAUAAUUUCAACACAUCACAAGGAGCUGUUCUAUAUGCUUUUACAUCUUCAUCUCAUGGUAGCAUACCACAGGAGUUUAUGCGUUUCUUUAAAUAUUGGUCUGAAUAUGGAUCUGAGGGAAUAGAUGUUGUGAAAUUCCAAUAUUUUGAAGAUGCAAAAAGAUAUUAUACAGCAAGAAUACAUAGACUUUUGGAUAAGGAAAGUUUAGUGAGUGAAGUACCUGGAUCUUGGGACAGUUCUGGAAUGGUAAUUCCAGAUGGUUAUUAUUAUAAAUUGUGCUGUCCAGCAGCAGAAUAUUCAAUUCUGACAGCUUUUGAUGACUUUCAUGUAAAAGAAGUUAUAAAAGUAUUGAAAGAAGAUAAUGCUAUGAGUUUGCGUGUACUAGAGCUCUGUGUUCAACACUGCUUUAGAAUGGCAGCAAGGAAUGUAACCCCUAUAGGAUUUCCAUACACAGAUUUAAAAACAAAAUCUAAACUCAAAAAGAUGAUAGUGAUUGUCAAAGUUGUUGUAGUCCAUGAUGAAAUCCCUCAAACUUUACCAAAAUUCAAUCCAGGAACAUUCUAUGUUUGUUGGCAGGGUGCAGCCGUAAUUGACUUUUUCAUAUAUAGCAUUGAUGGCACAAAAAUAUUUUUACAAGUAUUAGAAUUAUGUUAUAUAGAGCACCAUACUAAACUUCCAGAUCUUUUUGUUAAUGGCAAAAAUUCCUUAGGAGAAAAUGAAUAUUAUGUUUACUUGACUACCAAUAAUAGUGGGAUGAAAAAAACAACUGGAACCUAUGUUGAACAAGUCUGCCUGGUUUCUGAUCCAAAUGUUGCACCAAGUUCAUCCAACAACCGAAGAACCAUAAACAGUUUUGUUGACAGAAUAUCAUCCAUUGAACAAAUAGAAAACGAAAAAUCAUUUGCUAAAUUAAUUUUUCAGUGUGGAUUGCCAUUGUCUCUUUCUGAAAUGGAACCAUUAAAAAAUUGGAUUAAAAAAACAAGACCAGCAUUAAAAUUACCAUCAAGAAAAAAAAUUUCUACUACAUUACUUGAUGAAGUGUAUCAAGAUACAAAAAAAGAUGUAGAAAAAUUUAUUAAUGAUGCUAAGUUUAUUUGUCUUAUUUUAAAUCCUGACAAAUCAACAUUGAUGGUCAUUAAUUCAUCAGAAAAUGACAAUGAAACAAAUGCAACAUUCAAUAACAUACCAAUUCAUUCCACUCCCACAAAUACCCCAGUUAGAAUUCUAGGAGUAUGGUUCAAUACUUCUGGCUCACGAAAACACCACAUUUCCUCUUUCAAAAAUACAAUCAACACCUUCAAAUCAUUACUUUACCCCAAAAAAUUAACAGGAGAACAAAUCAAAUAUAUAAUAAAUCAUGUCCUUGCACCUAAACUAGAAUACAG